AUGUUUGGGGAGCUCCCUCGAGUCUCUGUGAGGGCGGCUCUUGUGCGAGACUCGUACGCAAGGCGGCGGUCUGCAGCCGCCUUAACCACCCCGCAGCUCGAGAGCAAGCAGAAGUUCCUGCGGCUCAUGGGAGCGGGCAAGAAAGAACAUACUGGCCGCCUUGUUAUCGGAGAUCACAGAUCGACCUCUCACUUCAGGACAGGGGAAGAAGACAAGAAAAUGAAUGAAGAACUAGAGUCUCAGUACCAGCAAAGCAUGGACAGCACGAUGUCUGGGCGGAACCGGCGCCACUGUGGACUGGGUUUCAGUGAGUUUCAGGAUGGUGAUGACCAAGAAGAGGGAGUUGGAGACUCCUCUGACCAUGAGAGUUCAGAGGAUUCUGAAAGUGGCUCCGAGUCUGAGCAAGAGGAAUCUGCAGAAGAGCUACACACUGCUGGAAAACAUGAGGAAGCUGAGGUUCCAGAAAACAAAAAAGAAACAAAAAGCAAUUAUAAAAUGAUGUUUGUUAAAGCCAGUGGUUCAUAACUGCAGAUGUAACAGCUUUGUAUUUAAAGUACAGUAAGCCUUAUUGUUACAGUGCAAAGUGGAGGACUGCUACAGCACAAAUAUUUGUAUUAUGAUUUUAAGACCCUGUUAGAUGACAAAAGGUAGUAUUUGCUUUCAGUUGCCAUGGAUAACAUUUUUAUGGGCACAGUGGUAUUCCUGUUUUUUUGUAAAGUGUAUAAAGUACUGGAUGAAGAAAUAAAUUCUUUUUGUUUCUGCCCUAUCUCU